GUUGCGCUCUAGAUCUUGGAAGCUAGUAAAUUAGUGCUUGGUCCGGGGGCAGGGUCGGGAUAAAGAAAAGGGGUGUUCUCGAGGGUGACGGAGCCAUGAAGUCUCACAGGAAAGAACCGCGGACCAAAACUCCCCCGGAGAAGAAACGUGCAAAGGUCACUGAACUCAUCACUCUUCCCAUCCAGGAGGAACCUGAGCCUGUCAGCAAUGUCCUGCAGGGAGAUGAUAUUCUGGCUUUGGCCAUUAAGCAGGAGGACUUAAAGAAGCAACAUGUUCCCCGUCCUCCUGCCCUUGACGAGAAAACUAUUACCCAUCAAGUUUUCAUUCGGAAACAUAAAAUCCAAAAGCUCAAGAAGACAACGCGUUACUUAGUAGCUCGCCCUGCUACUCCUGAAGCAGCCACAAAGCCCUUGGAUUACUCUGGACCAGCAGAGGAAAGCUCUGAUGGCAAAGAACAUAUUCUCCCCCACAACAUUUUGGGAACUCUCUAUGACCUCAAGAGAGUAGCAAUUGCCCGAGGAAACAAUGAGUUGGCUGAUAUGAUCCCAGACACCACCGGUAUGGACAGUGUCAUCGUCGCUAUACCAGAGGAGCCAAAGAAACAACCCAAAAAAGAGAAGGUCAAUCUCUGGUUACCACCUUCUCAGCAUAAAUCUCUGAGGAACUGGAAACGCAAUAUGACCCUGAGGAAGAAGCAGCAAGAAGCUCUUAGUGAACAUCUGAAAAAGCCAGUGAAUGAAUUGCUGAUGAAUACUGGGGAAAGCUUCAGACGGAUACAGGAAGAACGGAAUCUGAUUGAACGUUCCAUUUCUGCUUUACAUUUUGGGAAGGGCUCUGAGGUCGACUGUGAUUUCUGGAGCCAGCCUGAAUUUAUUGGAGAUGAACUAACAGGUCUGGUGACCCAGUGGCCUCGUGGCUACCGACAGCCCAUCCUUCAUAUAGGGAAGCCCCAGAGCAUCCAAAUGGAGUCAGGACUGCCAUCCACAAGGGAGCCUUGGUUUCGUUUCACAUGGGAUAAGAGUCUCUUUUUGAUUGAUCGACGAAAGGAGCUCCGUGGCAUCCUGAAGGAGUUGGACUUUAACCAGCCGGACAUUGAUGGCCUCGAAGUAGUUGGUAAAGGACAUCCUUUCUCGUCUGUCUCUGCACAGCACUUCCCAGUACUUAAAGAUCUCAAGGACAGCACAUCUAAAGAAGAGACUUCAGAUCCCUUAGCUGACUAUCCUGAUGUAGUUCCCAUGCCUUUUCUCGGUCCUUCUUUGCUAUUCUGUGGAAAACCAGCAUGCUGGAUCGACAGCAAUCUACCACCCGGAGAGAGGCAGAUCGGCAUUGCUGUCCGUUUGACCUUUGAGACCAUGGAAGGGGAGAGAACAUCAUCUGUCCUAACAGUUGUAAACAAUGGCACUGCAGCUGUUUGGUAUGACUGGAGGCGGCUCCAACAGCCCGACACCUUUGAAGAGUUUAAGGAGAGCAAACGGCAAAAGUUUUACUUUAACAACAAGGAAGGUGUGAUUCUUCCUGGGGAAACGAAGGAGUAUCUCUUCUUCUUCAAGUCUUCAAACGCAGGAAUCUUCAGGGAGUGCUGGGAGUUUGGCACCCACCCAACGCUGUUAGGGGGAGCUUUGCUGCAGGUCACUCUGCGGGCCGUUGCCCUGAGCCAAGACAUUUUGAAGGAAGAUAGAAAGUUACUGGAGGCCAAACUAGCUUCCCAGGAAGCCGUCACCAUUGUGGAGGAGGUGAUGAAUGAGCUACUGAGGGGGAUCUGGCCCCCAGAGCGAGCUGCCUCCCCAGUGGAUGCCUACCUCACUGAGGAAGAUCUCUUCUGCUACAGAAACCCUCAGCUACAUUAUCAGCAUCAGGUGGUCCGUGAACUCCAUGAACUAUGGAAUGAAUACAUGGCCCCAUCCCCCCCGACGCCCCCCCCGGAAGAGGAAGAAGCGGCACCAGUCCCAGUGGAGGAGGAGCCGCAGGUUGCCCCCAAGUUCCCCGUGGGUUCUGAUAAGAGUGCUCCAGGGGAGAAGGUGAAGAGUGCCACAGCGGAAAGCCACAAGGCCUUGAAGGGGAUUUUUCCACCUCAGAAAGACUCCAAGGUAUCUCUAGUACCCCAGAAGAAUGUUAUACUCAAGGUGAUCGAAAGCCAGAAGGAAGAGGAAGAGAAGGCUGAAGAGGUGCCCGAGCCGUCAGACACACCGAUUCCCGAUUACCCCAAGUGGAAUCUUUGUGUAGAUGAUUUCAAAAAGGCAGUGUUGGAUCUCCCCGAAGAGGAACAGCGAGAAGAUGCCCUUAUCAGGCUCAACAAGGGGGCCCUGGAGCUAUGCUCAGAGCAGAGGCCACUGCAGUCAGAUCUCAUGUACCAGAUGUGUUACCAGCUGUGGCGUGAUGUGAUCGAUGGUCUGGUGAGCCAUUCCAUGUGGCUGAAGUCUCUGUUAGGCCUGCCUGAGAAGGAUACUGUUUAUAUAGAGGUCCCAGAGGAACAAGAAGCAAAACCAUCUGGGAAAAUUGGAAAAGAGGAAAGGAAACCUACGGCCCAGGAAAAGAAGCAGAGCGGAGUGAAAGAAAAAGAGGAGAAAAAAGCAGGUGCCAAGUCACCAGGAAGAGAGGAUCGUGCCAACAGCAAGAAGCACAAGGGAAGGGAUGAGAAGAAAUUACAGAAAUCUCCAAGCCGGAAUGGGAAAGACCGACCGUCUGUGGAUGAAUUAGCUCCCGAACAGGCAGUUUCCCCCUUUGAGCCAGUGGAUCCUCUAAUCCAAGAAAAAUAUAAUCAGCGGCUUUACAUCGAGGUCUAUGGGCUGUUGGACUCCUUAGUGACUGAUAUGAUGCUGCUGUUUGAUGAGCUCAACACCUCAACGGCAACCCAGCAGGAAACUCUUGAGCCUCUUGAACCUCUCUCUUUUUCUGCCUGACUCUGUCUCUGAG